GUAUUUUAAUUUUUUUUUGGAACGUCGGGUUCUGCUAAUUUAUCAUUGUGAAUAAAUUGAGUAUUUGAAAAAUCCCUAUUUUCGACUAACCGAAUCGCUUGAAGAUGAAUUCAAGCCAUUCAGCAAACCGGAAUUCGAGUGAAACGUAAAUUUUAGACUAGCAACUUCAUUGUAUGCAACAUUUUGUGGAAAUUUCCACUUUCAAAGAUCUGCUGCAGGCUCCAGAACUACAUUCAAAACGUCAAAGUGUCGAACAUUGGAUGCAUAUCGAAUUUCAGAAUUCCAGAUUAAUUCGGUAAACUGUCGAUUUCCUCCUCAUUUUUGGUUCUUCAAUUUGAAAAAUUCUAUAAAAAGUCGAAAAUGCGCCUCAGCCUCUGAAAUUUUAUGUAUUUUUGUAUUAUUUCCCUUUCAAAUUUGCUUUGUCUGGUGCAGACAUUUUUCGGUUUGUUAGGUUACCUCCUACGGUUCCCACUGGCGUUCUUAAACAUGAUUUUCUUGACAUAUUCAGCUAAAAAAAAUUGGUGAAAGUGAAUUUUCAAAUUGGACUAGUCGAAUGCGAAAGAAACACGAUUGGCGAGUAAAAUCGUAUUUUUAAGAUGUUAACGACACCAGCGAUCCUAAAAGAAUCCGAGUGUACUACCAGCAACCUGUUGUUGGAGCACGACUUGGCUUUACUUUGAUUCAUUAUUGAGGUACUUGGUACUUGCAUAUAAUCAAAUUUUAUGGUCUAUUACUGAAUGAAAGUUUUUUUCCUGCGAGUGAUGAUUAAUUUCAAAAUUGCUUGUCGUGGGUGACUUGAUGCCACUGAAGAACGAAUUUGUCUUUGAAUUUUGAUAGGCUGUGAAGACGUUAAACUGGUUGAAAGUUGUACCAAACAUUGGUUUGGAUUGAAAUAGUGUCUUGAUCAAGACCUGAAAAUGGCUGAAAUCAUGUCUGACGUGUUCGAUAUUUUUCAUCCAACUCCAGUUCCCCUGAGAGAGUUAUCAGCGAUGGUCAUUAGUCUGGAAAUAUGGCACUGCGAAAUAAAUAAAUACCGCUCGAGCAAUACAUUGAAAGAGUUUCAUCCAUCUGGUGAACUUAUCUCAUUGAAAACUAUACUCAUUCUCGAUUUACCAUCGAUGAUUUAUUCCACGAUUAAUAAAUAUGUCAAAAUAUUUGGAGAUUCGAUGAAAGGCUGGCUACGGGAACAUCAUUCAACAGUAUUUAAAUUUCAAUACGUCCAUGAAACCUGUAUAUUGGAAUACUUCAGAGAUUUCGUGUAUGAUUACGACGGAACCAUUCACUACGAGAGGACUGCCAAACGUAUGAUGCAGUGUGAUCAAUUCGAUGUGCAUCAAAAGUUCCUAAUUGCUUGUACGUAUUGUUUCGAAGACGAUAUCAUACGAAUUUGGCCACUUGGAUUGAAAAAGACGGACUCGCUGUAUGUAAACUAUUCUAAAAAUUCGCAUUUCAAGUACUGGAGCUAUUUUCUCGAAAAUGUUUCCAUGGAAGACGACUCGAUCGAAGAAGAGAUGCUUCGUGACUUCAUGCCUCUCAAUGGGCCAUCUUUGGAAUAUUUUUGGAAUCGUGUCCCACCGGAAAGUCGUUUACAAAAAGCUAUCGAUGUUUUUGUCCGUGAUUUACGAUCGUUUGUUCGGUACAUUCUACCAAAAUUGGACCAUCAGCAGCUCGAUGAAUUUCUCAAGCACAAUGGUUGUAAAUUGAUGUAUUCUCUGGUGAAAAAUUCUAUUUAUGAUGAAGAGUUUGUCUUACGUACGUGGGCAUAUGUUAAUAAUGCUACGAACGAGAAUGUUUUUACAAAUCUGCUUACGAAAAUGUUGGAAUGCGAGUUUAUGGGGUUCUUCAUGCGUUCCACAGUCGAAUCGGAUCCGGAUGACCGUGAUUUGGAAAACUUUCUUAAUUUAUGUCUUGAAGUAUGGAACAGUGCUCCGGAAAACUUGAAACAUUUGGCUGGUAAAAAAAUUGCAUCUAUUGUGGAAUUACUUCCACAUUAUCCUUCCGUGGUUUUCCUUCCGUUGCCCAUAAGAGAAUUUAAAUUAGUUUUGGCUAUUCUUUCAUAUGCCACUUAUGAGGAGAGAAACGCUUUUUGGCAUGGUGGCUGGCAUCAUUUGAUUUUUAAAACCCAAGAAAAAUAUUUGCAUCAAAUCAUGAAGGUGUGUUUUCAAAACGAAGAUGAGAUUACUGAAUUAAAAAAAAACGUUUUGGCCAAUAACAACCGGGUCGUUAAGUUUUGUAGAUCACUCUUGCGAGAUACGUAUUUUAAAGAACUGAAUGAUUUUGUAAGCUUUUUACUGCCCGAAACGCAAGCAACGAGAAAUUUCAAACAGCAAUUACUACAGUCCACUUUUCUCAAUGAUGGAUUUAAUGAUUCUUGCUUUAGUAUCGUCAAGAAACCAAAAGAGUUCGAUGAAUUUAUUAAAGAUGCUUACGACAGUGUCGUUCAGUCUACAAACUUUAAAAAUGAGCUAAUGUCGUCACCUUCAGUCCGAACGAGAUUGUCAAUCGAUGCUUUAUUUAUACGUAUAGAACAGUUUACUGAGUUUAUUGAGACUUUUGUCUCGACCGAGCGAAUUCUUCUAGGGGUGAAAACUCAUAUAAUUCAUUUUUUAAAAGAAGAAGGGGCUAAUUAUAAAUCUAUGGUACCGGUAUCUUCGUUUACCUCUCUUUUAUCAUGGUGUUUGGAAGGUAAUGAGGAAGCUUCAACACUUGAGUUGAGCUAUUUGUGAUCUAGUUUUGAAGGUUUUUUUCAUGGAUUCCUGUUCUGGGAUGAUUUUUAGAGCCAGAUUUUUACAUUCUGAUUAUCACUUAAGGAAUUGUUUUUUUUUUUUUUUUUUUUAAUUUUUCUAUUUUAUACUUAACUUCAUGUCAUUUAUGUGUAAAUAAUCCCUAUUUUAUACCUACGAGUAUUAUUGUAUUUCAAUCAUGUAAAUUAAUUAUAAUCAACUACGCAAAUGUAUUAGUGAAUUUAAUUCUCGCUCUUUCAAAAAUUACAUAAAAUGUUUGCUUUUUUGUAAA